GGACGCAAAGAAAGAAGUGAUGCACUGAACUCUGCAAUUGAUAAAAUGACCAAAAAGACCAGAGACUUGCGUAGACAGCUCCGCAAAGCUGUUAUGGACCAUGUAUCAGACUCUUUUCUGGAAACAAAUGUUCCACUUUUAGUAUUGAUUGAAGCUGCCAAGAAUGGGAACGAAAAAGAAGUUAAAGAAUAUGCCCAGGUUUUCCGUGAACAUGCCAACAAAUUGAUUGAGGUUGCCAACUUGGCCUGUUCUAUCUCAAACAACGAAGAAGGUGUGAAAUUGGUUCGCAUGUCAGCCAGCCAGCUUGAAGCCCUGUGUCCCCAGGUUAUUAAUGCUGCACUGGCUCUGGCUGCUAAACCCCAAAGCAAGCUGGCUCAAGAAAACAUGGAUCUCUUCAAAGAGCAGUGGGAGAAGCAAGUCCGCGUGCUGACGGAUGCUGUCGAUGACAUCACUUCCAUUGAUGACUUCCUGGCUGUGUCAGAGAAUCAUAUUUUAGAAGAUGUAAACAAAUGUGUCAUUGCUCUCCAAGAAAAAGAUGUUGAUGGUUUAGACCGCACAGCUGGUGCAAUUCGAGGACGUGCUGCUAGAGUCAUUCAUGUUGUCACUUCUGAAAUGGAUAACUACGAACCUGGAGUCUACACUGAGAAGGUGUUGGAAGCAACGAAGUUACUGUCCAACACAGUUAUGCCGCGGUUUACUGAGCAAGUAGAAGCUGCUGUGGAAGCACUGAGUUCAGACCCUGCUCAGCCAAUGGAUGAAAAUGAAUUUAUCGAUGCUUCGCGACUGGUGUACGAUGGAAUACGAGAUAUCAGGAAAGCCGUACUGAUGAUCCGGACUCCUGAAGAGUUGGAUGAUUCUGACUUUGAGACUGAGGAUUUUGACGUCCGAAGCAGAACAAGUAUUCAGACCGAAGAUGAUCAGCUCAUUGCUGGACAAAGUGCAAGGGCUAUCAUGGCUCAGCUCCCUCAAGAGCAAAAAGCUAAGAUUGCUGAGCAAGUUGCAAGCUUCCAGGAAGAAAAGAGUAAAUUGGAUGCUGAAGUGUCAAAAUGGGAUGACAGCGGUAAUGAUAUAAUUGUUCUGGCAAAACAAAUGUGUAUGAUUAUGAUGGAAAUGACAGACUUCACAAGAGGUAAAGGUCCACUGAAAAAUACGUCAGAUGUGAUUAGUGCAGCCAAGAAGAUUGCAGAGGCUGGGUCAAGGAUGGACAAGCUGGGACGGACUAUUGCUGACCACUGCCCUGAUUCUGCGUGCAAGCAGGACCUCCUAGCCUACCUGCAGCGCAUCGCACUGUAUUGCCAUCAGCUGAAUAUCUGUAGCAAAGUGAAGGCUGAAGUUCAAAACCUCGGAGGGGAGCUGGUUGUGUCUGGGGUGGACAGUGCCAUGUCCCUUAUCCAAGCAGCCAAGAACCUGAUGAACGCGGUGGUGCAAACCGUGAAGGCUUCCUACGUGGCAUCAACCAAGUACCAGAAGUCCCAGGGCAUGGCUUCGCUCAAUCUUCCCGCCGUCUCUUGGAAGAUGAAGGCUCCGGAGAAGAAACCCCUGGUCAAGAGGGAGAAACAAGACGAAACCCAAACUAAAAUCAAGAGAGCGUCCCAGAAGAAACACGUUAACCCGGUGCAGGCUCUCAGUGAAUUCAAGGCGAUGGAGAGUAUUUAAAGAGAGGUCUCUGUCUUGGUUAUUUUUUUUCUCUAGCCCACUACUGCUACUUCCAGAACUCUACUUUUAAUAUUCUAAGGAUUUUUCAAAAGUUUACUAUUCCUCAAAAUGUAUUUACUUAAUAUAAUUUUGAUAACUUUGUUUAGAUUGUGUGGGGAAAUACUCAAAUUUAUAAGUCCUAUCAGUAUAGCUUCAGCCUGCGGAAGUGUGUUAAUUUAGAUUGCUUUUAGAUUUCAGGGGUGUAUUUCUAGCGGAAAAUUAUUUUGUAUAAUCUUGCUUUAAAUAAAAUAUUCUAUAACCAAAGAGGA